GAAAAAAGAAAAAGAAAAAAGAUUGAGGGGAACAGUUAAGCAGUGGUGUAUAAAAGGUGGGAGUGGCAGGGUUGAGUUGAACAAAAGUUGGAUGGAUUUUGAUCAUGACGCUCCUCUGCUUCUCAACUCCCCCUAUUUUCACCAACAAAAGAGCAUGGAUGAAAUGAAGCUAUUGUUUAAGCUAAGCAUGGAGCUCCAAGAAAGCAGGGUCCGAGCAGAGCACGACCUGAAAUCGCGCGACGCCCAAAUCCUCCGCCUCAAGGAGCUCCUCGCCGGCGCCAUUAAAGAGCGCGACGAAGCUCGAGAAAACUGCAAGAAGAUAUUGUUGGAGAAGAUCCUGGUCCAGCGGUCAGCCCCCAAUUCAGCAAUCUCCAGCAUCGAAGACGAGCCCGAGCCCGCAAAAGGCAUCGACGGAUUGUCCUCCUCCGACUGCGAGGAGAGCAUCGCCUCCUCGCCCGACAGAGUGCCCGUGGAGCUGAUCAAAGGCCCGUUGCCGGAACAGGGGAAGCUGCUGCAGGCGGUGGUGAAAGCAGGGCCGCUGCUCCAGACCCUCCUCCUCGCCGGCCCUCUCCCGCAGUGGCGCCACCCUCCGCCGGUGGUCGACCCCUAUCAGAUUCCGCCGCCGCCGUCCCCGCAUUGGGCGGGCACAAAACGUGAGCUCUAUAACUGGUGAAUUGCAGAGAGUCUUGUCGUUGAAAUUGGUAGUCAAGAUUAGGAAGAUUUUGGAAGGCGAAAAGUGAAUGACCUAGUUUUGGUUGGGGGGUCUCUUUCUACUUUCUAUGCAUAAUUAUUUUUAGUACUCCUACUAUUGUAGACACCUACCCCAGCUUUUUUUAUAUGUAUAUUCUUCGUUUCUCAUCAUAAUAUUGUACUCCUAAUUUAGGGAAUGUAGUAAUGCUAAUAUACACGAGUUGAGGUUAAAA